AUGAACCAAUCAAUCACAAGCCUACCAGACUUUAACCAACCAGGCGUCAGACAACCAGGCAUGAACCAAUUAAGCAGGAGCCAACCGGACACAAACCAACAGGGCAUGAAGCAACCAGGCAUGUGGCAAUCAGGCCCAUGCCAAAUAAGCACAAGGCAACCUGGCACGUGGCAACAAGGCCGAAGCCAAUCAAUCAUGAGUCAGCCAGGCACGAGGCAAGCAGGCAUGAGACAAUCAGACCUGAGCCAAUCAAGCAUGAGCCUACCAAGCCUGAGGCAACCAAGCCUGAGCCAAUCAGGCGCAAGUCAACCAGGACCAAGCCUAACAGGCAUAAGCCAAACAGGCAGGAGCCAACCAGGUAUGUGGUAUCCAGGCCCAAGCCAAUCAGGUGCAAGUCAACCAGGCCCAAGCCUAUCAGGCAUAAGCCAAACAGGCAGGAGCCAGCCAGGUAUGUGGCAUGCAGGCCCAAGCCAAUCAGGCGCAAGUCAACCAGGCCCAAGCCAAUCAGGCAUAAGUCAAACAGGCAGAAGCCAACCAGGCAUGUGGCAACCAGGCCCGAGCCAACCACAUCUCAGCCAACCAGACAUGAGGCAACCGGGCAUGAGGCAACCAAGAGGGAGCCAAUCAGGUGUCAAGCAAUCAAGCUUGAUUUCUUUCCGAGUAAGACCUGCGGAGGCUCAAGACUGCCUGGAAAUCCUGCGUCUAAUUAAAGAAUUGGCUGCCUGUGAAAACAUGGUAGAUGCAGUGAAGUUAACAGCAAAGGAUUUACUCAGGGAUGGCUUUGGAGAAAAUCCCCUUUUCUACUGCCUGAUCGCAGAAGUACACACUCAUCAAAAACCAACAAGUAAAGUGACUGUUGGAUUUGCCAUGUACUACUUUACAUACGACCCCUGGAUUGGCAGGUUACUUUACCUAGAGGACUUUUAUGUCAUACAAGCUUACCGAGGUCUAGGUAUUGGAGCUGAAAUGCUGAAGAGGCUAAGUCAGAUAGCCAUCAGAAGCCAAUGUAGCUGCAUGCACUUUCUUGUCGUCAUUUGGAACCAGGCUUCUAUUGACUACUACACUCGUCGAGGGGCUUUAGACCUUUCCUCCGAGGAGGGCUGGCAUCUGUUCAGGUUUAACAGGGAAGAACUCAUGGACAUGGCGGGGGAAGAGUGAAAGAUGACUCAUCACACUUUCCCACAACAUAGGCUCCAACAUUUGAAUGUCACCUGAGCCCAACAGCAGUUUGACUUUGAGUGUUGUACAAUACAGCAAGUGACGAAACUCUGGUUUGAGCAGAUCUUUU